AUCUCUGUGAUCUCUGAUACAGGCCAAGUCAAAAUGACAUAACCUAUACAAACACUUCAACCUUUACCCCCUUCCAAACCUUGUGGCUGUAAUCUAUGUUUUCACAAUAUUUAGAGUGUUUUCCGUAAUACCUUCUCAAUAUUGAUCAAACUAAUUCCAUCUCAAUGUCCCUUAAACGUUUGCUGGGCAGAAUAGCUGUUGUCACAGCUUCAACAGAUGGCAUUGGAUUCGCUAUUGCACAGAGAUUAGCUCGAGAAGGGGCAAAGGUUAUUGUCAGUAGCCGAAAAGCUAAAAAUGUUGAAGCAGCAACAGAAAAGUUGUCCCAAGAAGGCCUAAGCGUUACUGGGUUAGUUUGUCAUGUUGGGAAAUCUGAGGAUAGGCGAAAAUUGUUUGAUGAAGCAAAAAAAUUGGGUGGUCUGGAUAUAUUGGUUUCAAAUGCCGCUGUUAAUCCUGAAGUUGGAUCUGUUUUUGAUUGUUCGGAAUCCUCGUGGGAUAAAAUAUUUGAGGUAAACGUAAAGUCUUCAUUUAUGCUAGCCAAAGAAGCUCUUCCACUUCUAAGAGAAAGCAAAGCUGGCAGAAUAAUAUUCAUUUCAUCGAUUGCUGGUUUCCAGCCUUUUUCGUUAUUAGGAGCGUAUUCAGUCAGCAAAACUGCUCUGCUUGGUUUAGUAAAAGCUGGCGCAGGACAUUUGGCAUCAGAAAAUAUUACUGUGAACUCAAUAUGCCCAGGAGUCAUUGAGACCAGAUUCUCUUCAUCUCUGACUGAAGGAGCUGCAGGAGAAAUAGCAUUGUCCCAAAUACCUAUAGGAAGAUUUGGGAAACCACACGACGUUAGUGGCGCUGUGGCCUUUUUAGCUUCAGAUGAUGGAGCAUAUGUUACUGGCGAAAAUCUUGUAAUUGGUGGUGGUAUGGCUUCGAGAUUGUAAAUUCUCUACAUGCAUUAUUUAUAGCAUUAAGUCUGAAGGAUAUUUCUAUAUUUCGUUGAUUUUUAAAUAUAUAUCACGUGAGAUAAAAGUUUCAAAUUUUA